CUACUAUGAAAUGUAACAGUAUUAAAAUAUCUAUGCAAAGAUUCUUUAACAUUCUUCUUUUAUGUUCCAUGGAAAAAACAAAAACAGCAUAUGGGUUUGGAACGACAUGAGAGUGUUCAUUUUUGGAUAAACUGUCCCUGUAAGUAUAGGAUGAUUCACAGUUUAUUUCUGUUUCCUUUACAGAGGCCCCAUCUGUGGUCGUCUCCCCUCAGACACAAAGCUUCUCUCUGGGUGCAGAGGUCCACAUCUCCUGUUCGGCAUCUGGUUCCCCUCCUCCAAAGAUUUUCUGGAGCCAUGGCAACAACUUUCUGUCCAACCACCAUCGGUGGUUGACAAGCUCCCCCUCCCUUCUCUCACUAUACAUCUUCACACAUAAUUUGAAAUGGAUAUUUUUAUCUACUUUCCUAAAAUGGAUCAUUAAUAGUACAUUUCUGUUUGAAUAAACUGUCCACAAGCAUUAAUAGUCUGAGAUUUGGUCAAGACAUCAGAAUAAACCUGAUCGAUGCUGUGAUCAUUUAGAAGUCAGUUUGAUGGAAAGAAAACACUCUUCAGUUUGAAAAGCAUUCAACACAACUGUCUGUGUAAUAUUAUCAUUACAUCAGCAGUAUAAGGAUAAUAUAACCCUGGCUGUUCUUUCAGAAUGAGCAUCUCUGAGUCUGGCACGCUGACAAUCCGAGGAGCUGUCCCUGAGGAUGCUGGGAACUAUAAGUGACUGGCCACCAAUGAGGCUGGCACUGCCUCUCAGUCUGUUACCGUCAGUUAUGCAGGUGGGCACUGGAGUCAGCGGCUCUGCUGAUGGAAACGCUUGUACAUAGUAAAGUCUUCAGUCAUUUUGAGUUAUAGAUUGAAUAUAUAACUGACAAUAACUUUUAUAGUGACAUGACAGCAUGCAUUCAAAAUAAAUGAGAUUCCAGCUGCUGGGAGACCUAUCAAAUACAAAAUAACAAAACAUAAUAUAGCUGCUACUGUUAAACUAUUUGGCACGCAAAUAUUUCUGUGGAAUUUUGUUAAGCCUCAGAAUGUUAUACUUACUGUAAUAGUUUUGUGAUAAAUAUUUUUAUGGCAUCCAUGCUGAAUAAAAAUAUUCAUUUCUUUUAAAAGAAAAGUUGAUGGAUGAACCAGGAGUUAUAUCAAUUUUGAUUUUGAUCUCAUUAUUUUAUUCCUCCCAUAUUUUUAAAUUUUUAGACAAUUUUUAAGAAAUUCUGAUGAAAAAUAUGAAAUGAUUGGAUAUCACUUAAAAUUUACAAUGCAAUGAGGUCAUGUGAAAACAAUGCAAGAUACUACUGUUUACAAUAUUUAUCAUGGAAUAAUGCAUACUGUUUCACUUAAUAUUUUUAAGAAGUAGGAGGCAGUAUAUUGGGCAUUCUGGGCACUUUCAGUAAGUAGUAAGCUAAUAUUUAUAAUAUUUAAUAUUGUGAACAUAACCAGAUAUUUACAAAGACAGAUAUUUAAAUAUGUAAACAAUGCUAGUUUUAAUCCCUUUCUCACUUGUUGUUUUCUCAGAGCCUCCAAUCUCUGUGGCACAGCAGGUGGUGAUGGUCGUUGCUGGUGAAGAUGCCAGUCUAGAAUGUCAGGCUUCUGGCACUCCUCCUCCAUUAGUAAAAUGGCAAAAAGGGGAUCUGGAUCUGGGAACAGUUCCAUUUGCGGAGCAGGAUGUCUAUCGUGGAACUCUGGGGAUCCGUGGGGUUCAGGAACUGGAUUCUGGAGACUAUACCUGUGUAGCCUCAAAUAUUGCUGGGGCCGCCUCUGCUGUGGUCAUACUACAGGUGGGAGCUGCUCCUACGUUCUCUGAGUCUCCUGUGGACAUAACGGCCAGUGUCGGUGAUAACAUUACACUACCGUGCAUCGCUCGCGGUUUCCCCAAACCUUCUCUAACAUGGAGACACCAGGAUGGACGUCCCAUUUUUGGCAAGUCAUCUGGCCACGUCGGCACCUCUCAACUACCUUCUGGUGCCCUUCAGAUCCAGAGUGUUUGGGUUGAUGAUGAAUGUUUAUGUAUGUGAGGCCAAAAACCAGUUUGGAUCCAUCAAGGCUCUAGCCAGAGUCACUGUUACUGGCUUAGAACCCCAUUAUUAUUUCAAAGUGCACCAGCUGUCACAGUGAUGAUCGGUCAGCAUUUGAACCUUCCCUGUAAGUUAUUAGAUGGCAUUCCUCUUCCGGAGAGACUCUGUACACACAAUGGAAAACAAGUGCAUGUUGGUGGAAGAGUCUUUCUAAGGAGUGAUGGCAGUCUGCAUGUAGAUAGAGCUGGACCUGAUGAUGCUGGGACUUAUGUGUGCACUGCUAUCAAUGUAGCAGGAUCAGCCAAUAUUACGGUCACUGUGAUAGUUCAUGGUUAGUACGCAGGACCUGUUAUCAAUAAGUAUA